CCUUUCUCCUUCCCACUGCCAAACCCAAAGACCGAACAGAAACAGGGCAGCGACCAGCGAGAGAUCUGCCCACUCGUCGCCGUUGAGUCGCACCAGCCCGGUAGCCGGCAGCGCCCGCCCUCCCGCGAUGGCCACUCCCGACCUCCUCUUCAACCUGCGCAACCUCUUCUACCUCGGCGCCUACCAGUCCGCCAUCAACAACAGCGACGUCCCGGGCCUCGACGCCGACGCUGCGGCCGAGCGCGACGUCAUCGUCUUCCGCUCCUACAUAGCCCUCGGAUCCUACCAGUUGGUGAUCAGCGAGAUCGACUCGUCGGCGGCGACGUCGCUGCAGGCCGUGAAGCUGCUCGCGCUGUACCUCUCCGGUGACAAGGAGGGUGCAAUAUCCAGUCUCAAGGAAUGGCUGAGCGAUUCAGCUAUAGGAAGCAACCCUGUUCUGCGAUUGAUUGCUGGAAUUAUAUUUAUGCAUGAGCAAGACUACAAUGAGGCUCUCAAGCACACACACACUGGAGGAACUCUGGACCUACAUGCAUUAAACGUCCAGAUCUUUCUUAAGAUGCACCGUUCAGACUAUGCUGAUAAGCAAUUGAAGAUCAUGCAACAAACUGAUGAGGAUCAUACACUGACACAACUUGCAAAUGCAUGGCUGGACAUUGCUGUUGGUGGCUCUAAGAUUCGUGAAGCUUAUCUCAUAUUCCAGGACUUCGCUGAAAAGUACCCUAUGACAGCAAUGGUUCUUAAUGGCAAGGCAGUUUGCUGUAUGCACAUGGGGAGCUUUGAGGAGGCUGAAACACUAUUGCUUGAAGCCCUGAACAAGGAUGCAAAAGAUCCUGAAACCCUCGCCAACCUUAUUGUAUGUAAUCUCCACCUUGGCAAGCCGUCAUCCCGAUUCUUCAGCCAGCUGAAACUGUCACACCCUGACCACGUGCUAGUUAAGUCUGCUGCAUCAGCGGAAGAUAACUUCGAGAGGGCUCUCCAAUCUGUCGCUUGAAAGCCCCCUGCCUGAUUGCAGUUAGCACAUUAAGGCCCUGCGCUGUUACAUUUCGUAGUGCUUUCAACACAGAGAAUGGUAUUGGUUUUUGUUUUAUGAUGUUUAUGGUAACAGUGCUCGGCCAAUCUUGUACUCAAACAUACACCGAAUGAACGGAUAUAUGUAGAAUCUCCAAUGGUGGCAUCUGUCCUUACCAUCGACGUUUUAGUAUAUUCUGCUGGAUUUGUACACUGUCAAAAUUCUUGCUAUGGGCAACGUGUUCUGAAUCGUGUAAAACGUUCUGCUUCGUUGUAAUUUUGUACGUGAAGGCGUUCGUGUGAAGUGAGUCCCCUCAGUCUA